UUAUCAACGUCAUCGCAUGUUAUUUAUUAUCUCCGAAAUUUUAACCGCCAUUGCCUUCUUUCUCAUCAUGUUUACACCCGCCAUACCCAAAGAACCAAUAGCUGUAGAAUUCCAUUGUCAUGCCGGAGUAACCGAUUUACGUUACUGUUCUGAAUUUGAUAAAUGUAUGAAUAAUGAACUACAAGAACAUUAUGCCAAUCAAACGCUCAAUUGCAAACUUCACUGUCAAGCUAAACCCUUUAUGUGGGAUAUAAUAUGUGAAAAUUGGUUAAAUAAUACAGAUUGUACACCAAAUACUACCACAACUAUGGACAUAACCACCUAUGUAGAUAUGGGUCAAAUGGAGGUGGAGAGUUCGUGUAUGUUCUUUAUGAUACCACAUCUUAAAGGCUCAAUAAAUGAUAAAAAUGUUACCAUGUUUUGUCCGAGUAAUAAGGAAUAUUUUAAUGCUUCCUGUAGUUUAGAUUGUAAUGAUGAAUUUCUUGAUAGUAAAUUGGGUUUAAGUCCAGUUAUUAAUAAUAAAGCGGCUAUGGGUUUAUAUCAAUUCUGGUGGUUCUUUGCUAUGUUAAUAAUAUCAUGGAUUGGCAUGGCGGCGGUAGUUAGUAUAGGUGAUGCUAUUUGUUUUGGCAUCUUGGGAGAGCGUGCACAUUUGUAUGGUAAACAGCGUUUAUAUGGUUCUGUGGGUUGGGGUAUAUUUUCCAUAAUUGCGGGCGUUUUAGUGGAUAAAAUGUCUAAGGGUGUAGAUAAGGAUUAUACUAUAGUAUUCUGGAUGACUUUGGUGAUAAUUGCUUUGGAUGUGGUGGCUUCAAUGAAGUUAAGG